CCAGAGCUUGUGCAAGACCCGGCUGUGGUGGCUUUAGCGGAGAAACAUAAAAUUUCCGUGCCGGUGGGAAAUAUUCGUCUUUUCUUAGUGCCUUAUCUUGAUUAUACUUUAGCUGGUGCUUCUAUCCUGGGCCCUGUGUCAAGGUGUGGGAAUAGUGCCUAA